UUAUAGAAUGUUUUUGUCUAUGGUGGCCAAAGAAAGGCGAAGCUAAACAAAAGGGUAGCAUGUAGAUAGCAUUUACUAAAAUAAUAGUAAAAUAUGCGUAAAUACUGAGUUAACAAAAAUAUUUUUAUGAUAGAAAUUAGUGAGGUCAUAAAUUAUAAGUUGUGUGUAUCAUACAAGUUCGUAUUAUGAAGCACAAUGCACCGUGUAAUGGAGGCCAUUAGGAGUAAUAAUUAUGUAUAUUGGCAUACUUACUGUUCUACGGACAAUCAAACACACGCGUGAAGAGAAGGUAUAAUGCAUUUACCCAAUGGUAUAUCUGUGCAAUAUGUAGACUUUGUGACAUGUGAAUAGUUUUGGUGCAGAGUGCCAGUGCAAAUAGACGGUCACGUACGAAUCAUGGCCCAAAACCAAGGGGAGGUUCAAGUGGGAACACCGAACCAACCCGUGAAGGACAAGGAUAUUUAUGCGUGCCUGCCUGAUAUGCGCUUGAAUGGUCCGCUAGGACCCGAUGAACCGUGUCCAGGUGGCGAGGAGCUGCGCUGGCUGCCCGCUCAAGCAACAGACAGGGACCUGGUUAUGUACUUGAGGGCCGCUCGGUCGAUGGCAGCUUUCGCUGGCAUGUGCGACGGCGGCUCCCCCGACGACGGCUGUAUGGCGGCCAGUCGCGACGACACCACUAUCAAUGCGCUAGACGUUCUCCAUGACUCUGGAUACGACCCUGGACGUGCCCUGCAAGCUUUAGUGAAGUGCCCUGUCCCUAAAGGAAUUGAGAAAAAGUGGUCCGAGGAAGAAACUAAACGGUUUGUGAAAGGUAUUCGCCAAUUUGGCAAAAACUUUUUCAAAAUAAGAAAAGACUUGUUGCCCCAUAAAGACACAGCUGAGUUAGUCGAGUUUUAUUAUUUGUGGAAAAAGACUCCCGGUGCUAGUAGUAACAGACCACAUAGGAGAAGAAGACAAGCAUCAUUGCGUCGUGUUCGUAACACUAGGAAUUCUAGAGCAGGAACUCCCAAGGAACAAACUCCAGAGGCUACUCCAGCUGUCCCAGACACAAACGGUUCUAGACCUUCUCCCAAUCCUAAAGAAGCGGGAGAAAUGAGUUCAGUUACAGAAGACGAAAAUUCAGAGGAAGAUAGUGAUUCACGGGACGCAGGAGACUUGGCUAAAGUUGACAAUGGCAGACAAGACAAUCCUGAGGACUCACCUAGCAGAAUGCGCACCAGAAACAAAUCAAAAGAACAAACAACACCAAAUGGAAAGAAAGGGCAAGAUGAAAGUGAUAAUGACUCGAAAUCCAAGGCUAAACCUAUUAAACCAACUGUUCAAAGUACAAAUACAAAUAAUAAUGUUACAGAGAAAGUACUUUCCUCACCAGUAAGCAAAGAUGCCAAGAAGAAAGUAACCACCAAUGGCAAAGUUGAUGUCUCAAAGGUAAAGAAACGUCUUCCAGAUGAUACAAAACCUGAAAUCUUAGAUGGUGAUGUUCAAAUGAAAAAGAAAAAGUCUGAGAAUCCCCCUGAGAGCCCAUCGGAAAGCCUUACAAAUGAUAGUUUUCCUGCAAUGGAUGAAACUGCGGAGCCUGAACCAGAAGCCUGUGAUUUCAGUUUUACUAAACCUGAAAAGGAAAAUAUUGAACAAAACAAAGAACCAGAACCUGAGAAUAAUGUUAAACCACCUGAGCCACAAAUCAAAGUGGAAAUAAAUGACCCUCCACCAGUUAUAAAAACUGAAAAGGAUCCCUUACCGCCUGUGUUCAAGCCCACUAAUGAAAAAGAUGAAAGAAGUGUUCUUGACCUUAAAACUGAUAAUAAUGGCCCUAAGAAUGCUGAAAUUAUUGAACCAAGACCUCUUGCAAUGCCUAGUGCAAUAUUCCCUAAAACAGAACUUAUUAUUCCAAAAGUGACUCCAAUGACAACUGAACCAAUGGAAAAGAUAAAGAUCAAAGAAGAAAUAGAUACUGAAGAGCAAUCACUAAACUUACAUAAGGAAGAGUUCCAGAAAGAUCCGCUGUCACACAACUUCCCUGGACACCCAAUUAACCAAUCCAAUAAACCACUCAAUUUAGAAAAUACAAACUUCUUUAUCAAAGAUAACCAUUUGUACAACCCUAAACUGAACCAUAAUAUCAAAAUUGAAGGAGGAAUCACUCCAAAUAUUUUCAAUCCAGUUAACAUUACCAAGGACAAUUCAAUUAUCAGGAGUGCAAAGGAUUUUGCAAGUGGAAUGCCAGCAUUUUCUUAUCCUGCAAGUAUGAAUUUUGCCAGUGAUGCCAAUAAGCACAAUCCUCAUAUAAACCCCCUGAAAACUGUUAUCAAGCUUGAACCAAGAGAUGAAGCUUCUGAAAUGAAAAGUCAAAACACACCAGAAAUAUUUACUGCAACAAUAUCAACUGCUAGCAAAGUGGAUUCGCCCAACGCGCCUCGUUUGGACUCAUUACAAAGAGUUAGUCCAUCACCAACUAACACAAGAGGCUCAUCACCACCAUCUAUGGAACAUCCAACAACUACAAAUACUGAACCUAUCUCUCCUGCAAAUUCACAAGAAAACAAAGAAUCUGAUGUGGAUGACAAACAACCUACUGACCUCAAGACUCAGCCUAAACUGGAAAACCAAAAUACAUCAUUGAGACCACCAAUAUUCCCACCACCAGUUCGUCCUGAAAAUCUUGGUGUGAGAUCUACAGAAGCAUCCAGCACGCCUGUGUCGCAAAGCAUGCCUCCUCCUCCAUUAAGCCAGCCUUCCAUGGCAGGAUUACUUCCUCCUGGCCCUCUCAUUUCAGUGGGAAGUGGUGCAAAUGUUGGUCCUUAUGGUUUUAUGCCUACUCCUCUGUAUGGACAUCCAGGUCACCCUGGCCUAGAAAAACCCAGCUCUUUACCACCACUUAUCCAACAAGUGCCUCCUUCACAUGGGCAUCCUGGAAGUCUUAUUCCACCACCAUCAAGUCAAAAUGACCCAUCAAUGCCACAAGAUUUGAAAAUUAAGCAAGAAGUUCCUGACAAUAUGCCUGCAAAUCUCUCUACACAAAAUGUGUCAGAUCCCUUGCAGUCAUUGAAGGAGGUUAAAGUGCCAGGAUAUCCAAUAGGAAGUGCUAUAGCACAACAUCUGAGUACCGAAAGAGAUAGAGAGUCGAUAUCGAGUGUAGAAAAUAAUAGCAGACCACCAAGUCAACCCACAAAUGAGAGUUCAAAUAUGCCAAGUGCAUUCCUGGGACCAAGAAUUGAUAGCAUUAAGAAAGAGCCAGAUUUUCUCCAUCAACCGCAUUUACCACCUACCAGCCAAGGUAAUUCUGAUACAGGCAAUGCGCUUCCGCCAGUAAAGAGUCCACACACGCCUACACCUAUUAAAAGUCAACCAAGUCACAAUGGAACACCGGGACAUCCUCAUCCUUCGGCUACGACGUCACCUUUUUCAAGACACCUGGCGAGUCCAUCACAGCCGCGACAAAUAUCAGCAUCGCCUGUUCAACCAAAUACACCGGUAUCUCAUUCGGCUUUGAAUUUGAUGAAUCCAACGCCCUUAUCGAUACCAUCGACAAUACCUGGACCAGUCAUGCACUCCGGUCAGCAACCUGGCCCUCCGCAUCCUUUCGCAUCUCAUCUACAUCACCCGCAUCAUCCCUUAUUACAUCCCUCGAUAUUCCAACUGUCAGCAGCGGCAGCGGCACACGCUAUGCAUCCCUAUUAUCCGCAUCCUGGGUACUCGAUGCCGUACCCAUAUCCUUACGGUCCCUUACCGCAACCACAUCCUAUACCACCGAUGCAUCCCGCAUCUAGUACCCCAGGAAGACACGAUCCAGUGAAACCUUCGACGAUAGAAUCCACAACGAUGCUCAGUUCCCAUCAUAGUACGAGUUCUUCUGUUACUACAAGAUCGUUAAGAGAGAUUUCAGAAAGUAGUGAAGAUCCAAGAAAUCCUAAUGCAACAACUGAAAGACACCAACUUCACGAGACUACGAUGACGCAUCAUCACUCCACCAGUCAUCAUAGUGCAGUACACACUAGUACAGAAAAACAACCGAACCAUGUUGGCGGCGGAACAAAUCAUACUUUGUCGAUAUCUCACUCGACGUCGAGUAGUUCGUCUCAGUCGAUACAACACAAAAUUAACACGCAGCAAAAAUCAAGCUCUCACUCGAGCUCCCCUCAUCACUUGUCAGGCAGCGUAUCCCAAACUACGAGCUCGUCAUCGAGUGUCAACGUGACGAAUAAUCAUAAUCAUACCCAUCAUCACUCGCACCAUCUGGCGCAUCACCCGGAGAGGUUGUCUCCUGCGGACUCAAUGUUACUGCGUCAUCAUCCUAAAAUGAUACCUGGCAAUCCAAACCAUCUUAUGAUCCAACCGCCUUCCAUGGGUCAUCCUAUGAGCGGCCUCGGCCUGCCUUCCGGCCCAGGGCCGAGCUCCAUUGAGAGUCUUCGAUUGCAUGCUCAAGCUGCGGCCGGGCUACAAUCUGCACACGCCAGAUCGGGUUCGCCUCAUCAAAUGCCCCACGGCCAUCCGCAUUUACGAGGGCCACCGAGACCACUGCCGGACGAAAACACAGAACUAAAACUGGAAACACAAUCUCAACCCGACGAAGAAGAAAUCCCGAGCCCCGCGCACAUACCGCACGGUCCAAGUCCCGAACCGAAAAUCGAGGACACCGAAUGCCACAGAUCUCAAUCGGCGAUAUUUUUGAGACACUGGAAUCGAGGCGACUACAACUCGUGCACAAGAACAGAUCUCAUUUUCAAACCCGUGCCAGAUUCGAAAUUGGCACGGAAACGCGAGGAGAGAUUGCGGAAACAGGCGGAGAGAGACAGGGAGGAGAGGGAGAAGAUCGCUCAACAGGCUCACAGAAAGAUCGCCACGCCGGAGAAACCCGACACGAAACCGCCGUCGAGAGGCGCGAUAGAGACGAUAACGUCGCCCUACGACCGGUUCCCGCGGCCGCCCGGCUACCCCGAGACGCCGGCGCUGCGGCAGCUGUCCGAGUACGCGCGCCCGCACGCCGGCUUCAGCCCCGGCAACCUGCCGCGCCACUGCAUGGACCCCAUGCUGCAGUACCAGCUCAGCUCCAUGUACGGCGCGGCCGGCGCCCGGGAGCGGCUCGAGCUCGAGCACCUCGAGCGGGAGAAGCGGGACCGCGAGAUCCGCGAGCUGCGCGAGCGCGAGCUCAACGACCGGCUCAAGGAGGAGCUGCUCAAGAACAACGUCGGGCCGCGCGCGCUCGACCCGCACUGGCUCGAGAUGCACCGGCGGUACGGCAUGCCGCCGCCGCCGCCGCAGGGCGCCAUCCCCGUGCAGUUCGGGCUGUACCCGCCGGGCCACGGGCCGGCCGCGCUGUCGCAGCUGGAGCGCGAGCGCCUCGAGCGGCUCGGCAUCCCGCCGGCCGGCGCGCCCGCCGCGCCCUCCGCGCCCUCGGCCGCGCCGCCGCACCACCCGCACCACCCGCACCCCGGCGUGGCGGCCGCGCAGCUCGAGGCGGCCGAGCGGCUGGCGCUGGCGGCCGACCCGAUGGUGCGCCUGCAGAUGGCGGGCAUCAACCCCGAGUACCACGCGCACACGCACGCGCACACGCACGCGCACUCGCACACGCACCUGCACCUGCACCCGGGGCAGCAGGCGGCGCAGGCGCAGCAGGAGGCGCUGGCGCUGGGCCCGUACCGGCCGCUGCACCCCGAGCUGCUGGGCGCGGUGGGGCGGCCGUACGCCGAGCAGCUGGCGCAGCAGGCGGCGGCGCACGAGCAGCUGCAGCGCCAGAUCCUGCUGGAGCGCGAGCGCGGCUUCCUGCACCCGGCGCACCACGAGGAGUUCCUGCGCCAGCAGCGCGAGCGCGAGCUCAAGGUGCGCGCGCUGGAGGAGGCGGCGCGCGCGUCGCGGCCCUAGUGCCCCGCGCCCGCCGAGCCCGCCGAGCCCGUCGAGCCGCGCGUGUGAGUGCCCCGACGGACCACUUUUUCAGGAGUAUGUGUACGAUUAAGAUACGUGUAAUUUAUAUUUAUGAGUUUUUAUAUUUCGGUAGCCGCAUGGUCGUGUAGUGCGCUUGAUUUCCAUGCUCAAAUUUAUUUCUUAACCGCUAGUCAUAAUUAGAAUUUUAUUUGUGGAGAGCGAGGACCUCCGGAUGUGGCGCGUUUGCGUGUUUUUUAAAUUAUUGUUUCGCGAAUGACAGUGCCGAUGAGCCGAGGUGCCGGUGACGGGCCGCGCGUCGCCCGGUCCCCGCGGGGCCGUCGCUUGUUUUACAUUAUGUUCAUGACAUAACGAUAUAAAAUAUAAUAUUAUGUAAUGAUAAAAUUAUGAAGUUGUAUAAAACAGAGUAGGGACUGUGACUUGCCUUUCUAAUCGACUUGCCUUUUAUGUAAUUGACCUGUAGUAACUUUCUUACUCUAUAAACUAAGGAUAAGGAAGCGUCAUAUUUCCCUUCGAUUUUAUUUACAGAGCAUAAUUUUAUCGUUUUACGUGAAAGUUUUAUGUGUAGCUGUAACGCUAAUUAAGUUGAGAGAAACGUUAGAUAUGUAUUUAAUAAUAUAUGAAAGAAGCUAGAUUCACAUAUCAAUGUAAGAUUGUGGUCUGCCACAAAAUGACUGUUUAUUGAUGUGUCAUCUUAUCUUCGUUUGAUAAUGCCAGUGCGCAAAUCUGCUUCUGAGUCGCGAACAAUGUUGCGCCAGAGUGUAAUGUGAAAAGAAUGCAAGAUCACGUUAGAAUUCUUAUCAGUAAAUGUAAUUUUGUUCAUUAGAGUACUAGAGUAUAUACGGUGCAUUUGAUAUGACUGCUAAUUUUAAUUGCUAUAGAGUUCAAAAUGGUCUCUUACUUCCUUUUCGAGUUGGUUUCAAAGCAAAUUAAAUUGAUAUUAGUAGGUCGGCAUAUGAGGAAGUGUGUUACAGUAUAUUUUCCUCAAAGUGUUAAAUAUUGAACAUUAAUAAACUAACAGGACGACGCUAAUCAUGUAUUGUUAACCAAUUAUGACCAAUAAAUAAAUAUUGUGUCGAGUCGAGAGUGUUAAUAAGCGUUUUUACAGUCUUGUCAGCUUGUAUCGCGAAGGAAACGUCUCGACUUAGAAAUAUACACCGUUUGUGAGGACAUCACAAGUGUCUUGUAGCAUUUUACAUAACAAAUUAUCAUAUACAAGUUAUGUUGAAUUAUAAUUUAUACUCAUAAUAAAAAUAGUUACUGUUAUCUGCUUGUCAAUAUUUUUGAGGUCUAUUGAACUGAGCAGCGACGCUUAGGCAGCUUCCGUAUUUUCGGGUUUAUUCGUCGCUCUUACUCAUGCCGCCAUCUGGCUUUUGAGUGAAAAGGAUGGCGAGAUCCGAAAAUAUGGAAACAGUGUAGAAAGCAGCCUUGCAGGUCCCUCCAAUUUUCUAAAAGAAAAUUUUACAAUAUUCUCGAAGUGAACUUUAAAGUUACUCCCGAGGUAUUUUGUGACACAAAUGUACGCAAGCAACGCCGCGGGCAAAGCAAAAUUAUAAAGUGACAUAGGUAGAAACUGUGUAAAUAUUUAUGAAAACUAGCAGUCGUAUCAUGUAGCAGACAAAUGAUAAUUUAAAUUUGUAAAUAGAGAGAUUUCGUAAAACGCCACUGCAAAAUGAUAUCCGAAUUAGUUAAGUACAAAAAUAAUUUCCAACGCAAUAAUAAGGUAGUUUGGUUCCCAUUUUGCAGUAGCAGUUUUUUUGAAAUAUUGCUAAUCUACUAUAAUUUAUCUGCGUAGUAAUUCAUAGCACGGAUGUAUCGGUUGGUUGGGUAUUGGGAUGAAGUUAAUUCUAUCUGAGCUCUAGACACCGUAAAUGUAAUUGGGAAUAUAUUUAUUACCUCUUAAAAAUUCUAAAAAUGUACAUUUUUUAUGCCAAAGAAAAAUAUGUGUCUUGAGAUUCUUAUUGGCUCCUCUUUACUAAUUUUAACUUUAUUUUGAAUACGAAUCCCUGUUGUUUGGAGGGAAUGGUUUUAGCAAGGAAGCGCGUACGCACUUACGCAGCGUCAAUUUACACGCAUGCGGCGUAAGAAAUACAUUCGUGCUAUGGUUACUACUAGGUAUAGGUGCAUACGUGCGAUUGAAAUGGUUUUCACAAUACUUAUUGUGAAUUAAUUAAAAUAAGUGGUUAGAAGAAGUCAUCUUGUAAAUUAGGAUUGUAAUUUUUGCCCGUGUACACAUUCAAUAAUUCUAUUGCACUAUAACUGUAAUAUAAAUUCCCUUUGUAAGAAAGAGAACUGUUAGAUUUGAGUAAAGAGUUGAAAUAUUUCUAGAUUUCACAAUGUCGCUUGGUAGGUAGGUAUUAUGUUGAUAAUGCCAUAGUUACUUUCUGAUAUUUAAAAGAGGAAAUGAGUAUUAUUUUUAGAGACAAAUUAUAUCUUAAUUAAUUAAGAGGUUGCGUGUCGGUUUAAAACUUCAUUUAUUUAGACAAUAAGGUUAAAUGGAUGUCUUAGUGCUUUUGUGUAAAUUUUUUUGAAUAAUAUAUGUGAAAAAAAUCAA